AUGUGCGACAUGAGCGAUACGAGAAAAUCACGACGGAAGCAAUGCACUCCUUCCCGUCAUUGUAAUGCCACCGGUACAGCUAUUGUAACUUCAAUUCCUGAUGAUAACAAUGAUACGAUCAUUGAGAGUGAUCAUUUGAUCAUUAAUGAAGCAGCAAUGCUACAACAAAGACGAAAAAGUGGUCAGGAAGAGAGUGAUAGCGCAGGUUUGCCUGAAUGCGAGCAAUAUUUGCAACAAUCGAGUACGGACCCAAUACAACGAUUAUCUCCCUCCACAGCAUCUUCAACAUCAUCUUUAUCAACAUCUAUUGAUAGCAAUAGCUUAUCAUUUGAUGCUUAUCGUAAAGAAAUGCUUACCGAUCAAUGCAUCAAUCCGAUGCAUGCAUUAUAUCUUCCCGUUGCAUUCCAUAAUCAUUCUGUGAACAGUGUUCAGAUAUUGGGUUAUCCGCAAAUGUUAAUUCCAGUAGCUGUACAUCCUCAUGCCCAAAAUAUUCUUAAACCGUGUUUGCUUAUCGAUGAAUUUAUGGCUCGCAAUAUCACAAUUCCAAAUCAGAUCUGUUUUGGUGAGACACGAUGUCUUCUGAGUGUCACCACCAUGCAACAACAGCCUUAUUCACAAAAUCCAUCAACAUCCGGCACUGUUUUUCAUAAAAAUAAUAAGAAAAGGAAAGGAACGAUAUCGAAUGGUAUUAAAAAAAAGCAUAAAUCAUCCAAUGAUUUAAAACCAUUAGAUUUAACAGUACGCAUUAAACAGUUUCGACGAAAUACUCAUAGCAGUAGCAGUAAUUGUGAUAGCACUGAAGAAGAUAAUUCUACAGGUGAAAAAUUGAUACCAUCCGAACCGGAUAAAAAAUAUCGAUGUGAUUGUGGUAUUUCAUUCAGUAGUGAAAUAACAUUGAAUGGACAUAAAAAAUAUUACUGUCACAAUAAUGCUAAUCAAACAGCGCAAUUUCGAGAACCACAAAGAAAAAUAGCUUAUCAUUGUCAACAAUGUGACUUCCUACCAGUAAGCGCUAGUCAAUUAGCUCAACAUAUUCGGGUAAAUCAUGCUGCAAUCCAAGCUUAUGUUUGUCAAAUUUGUGGUUACAAAGGUUAUUCACAACGAGGCAUUCGAUCACAUCUCAGGACUCAUACGGAAUAUGCGGAUGAAAAACCGGAAGAUUUAAUCAACUCACACGUUCAUUUCAUAACUGCAGAAACAAAAUCAGCACAAUGUAGCAAUUGUUACAAGAAUAAAUGA